GUAUAUAAGCGCAAGUCCGUCUCGAUACAAAUAUCAUUCGCAUAACAGCUUGUAAAACAAUAUCGACUUCCUUCAACUCAUCAACCUACCAAACCAAAUAAAAACCAAAAAUGAACGCCACCAUGAAAAUCACAUUAGCCGCCGUUGCAGUUUUCGCGUCCGCCAUGAUGACCGCUUCUGCCAAACCAACUGAACUCGUGCCCGCCGCCGCCAUCGCUCCAGUGGCCGUUGCUACGCCAUACGCUAGCUCGUUCACGUCACACAGCGUGGCCCACAGCGUGGCCACCCCGGUCGUACCGGCCGCUCCGUACGUGGCCGCCGCUCCAUACGCCGCGGCACCAUACGUCGCUUCGCCUUACGCGGCCGCACCUUACGUCGCCGCGGCUCCUUACGUGGCCUCUCCUUACGCCGCGUCGCCAUACGGGGCCUCUCCUUACGGUUACUACCCGUACGCCGCUCCGGCUUACCUGUAAAGGACGUUCCGAACUAAGAUUUAUUUUUUUUUUUUAUUUAUUUAAACUUACAAUGUGUCAACAUAUUACAUGUUCUUACAAGGUAUUAUUUUUAUAAUAAUGAUAUGGUUAACAGAAAAUUAUAGUGAUGUUGUUGUGGAAUGAAAAAUAAUGGGAGACAAGAUAUUAUAUAAAUAUAAAUUUUAAUUAUUAAUUAAGUUUUAACGACCUAAGAUGACCACCGCACAGCAGUCUCCACGCGACAACGGACGAGGGACGACCGCAACAACAACUGCUAACGCCACUGAUUCUUUUCAUUUUUAUAAUAUUUAGAUCGCAUUUUUUAUACAAAUAUCGUACAGACGAUAUAAUUUUAUAUAAUUUGUAAACAUAAAAAACCGUAAAUGUCACGGCGACACGAACAUAAUGUGUAUCGUGCGUGUAUAUACAUGCAAAAAUAUAAUGUAUCAAUAUUAUAAUAUAAUAUAAUAUACCUAUACACACACGUGUUCCUCCCCCUACCGACUUAAUAACCUACAGUAAAACUAAAAAUAGCUAAUGGCCUCAGCUGCCGGGCUCAAGAUCAAUUAAAAAAAAAAAAAAAUAUAUACCUAUAAUAUGUACAUACUAUGAAAUGAAUAUUUGUUUGUUUGUCCCCUGUAAUAUAUUACACCUUUUUUAUAUUCAUCAUGUUUAUUUGAAUUAAUUUGAUCGGUUAUGAACCAAUGCAAAUUAGGGUGCAAGUAUAGACACGUACGAGGCAGUUAUACACGUGGCUUAUAUUUAAAUAAUAUUAAUCUUACUAUGUAAGACUUACCGAUGUUUCAAGAAUUUUUUUCAUCGGUUAGUUUUGUCAUAUAAUAAUAUACGAAUAAUGAACUUA